AAGCGCGGCGGGGUGUCCGACAUGUGACAGGACUGGAUGCGAGCCUGAGGGAAUCCACGAGGAAAUGCUCCAAAUCUUAGUUCUCUCAGUUUCUUAAAACUCAUCUGCUUUGUAAUGCCCGUGCCAACAUCAGCUGCAGAGAGAAGGAUCCCGGAGGGGCAGGUGUUAUUGAGAAAGUGAGACUGUAGGAAAUUCUCAGCUGGACAAUUCCUCUCCCAUCAGGGACCAGUGCUGCUUCACACACCUGUGCAAGUGAUUUGGACCUUCAUAAACAACUCGGGUUAAAUUGAAUAUUUGCGCAAUACAGCUUCUUGCAGAAGGACCACCACACUGUUUUACACUUAGGAAAGUAUGAGAAUAAGCAAGGAGUGUUGUUCUCUCUGACCUAAAAAAAAUUAAAUCUCUGUGCCUUGCUGAGGACAGCUGCAGGAAUCGGACACUUGAAUCAAUGUUAUCGGAUGAGUUAGAAUCCAAACCUGAGGCUGAAUAGCCAUCAGCCAGCUAUUGGUACCUUCCCCCAAAAAGGUACAAAGCGGGGGGGAAGUGCAAAGGACUGUAUUGCCUCCUCUCCUUCCUUUUUUGAUUCUCAGCUUUACCUCUUCAGAAGGCUAAGGACUUAGUAUUGCUAUAAAGUAUCUUUUGGGGAACUUCAAAGCGCUGCUGGUUCAGUUUGUUCAGAAUACUUCUAUUCCACUGGGGCAAGGGCUGGUGGAAUCAGAACCAAAAGACAUCACCUGUCUUUCUCUCCUUCCUGUUACUGAGACCUCAGAAUGCAACAGACUCAUGUUGCCAGAUGAUGAAAGAGAUCUCACUUCUCCAAGUCACACUAAUUCUUCCAAAGAUGUUUCUUCAUCUGCUGUCUUGAGAAGUCUCCAGGUAAACGUGGGCCCUGAUGGAGAGGAAACAAGGGCACAGAAUGUACAGAAACCAUCUGAACUUCUGUCAACUCCAGAGACUUCCAGUUUAUUGCAAGACCUCCAGCCCAGUGACAGCACUUCAUUUAUUCUUCUCAACCUAACAAGAGCAGGGCUGGGGUCUCCAGCAGAGCACUUGGUGUUUGUUCAAGAUGAAGCAGAAGAUUCUGGGAAUGACUUUCUCUCUCAUGAUAGCACAGACAGCAGUACCCCAUGGUUCCUACGAGUGCAAGAAUUGGCCCAUGACAGUUUAAUUGCUGCCACUCGGGCACAGCUCGCUAAGAAUGCCAAAGCAAGCAAUAAUGGUGAAAAUGUUCAUCUUUGCUCAGGAGAUGGGCAGCCGAAAGACUCUAGCCCCAUUCCUCAUUUAUCUCGUGUGGAAAGGAAGCUGAAGUGCACAGUUGAGGGCUGCGAUCGGACAUUUGUGUGGCCAGCUCACUUCAAGUAUCAUCUGAAAACACACCGGAAUGACCGCUCCUUCACCUGCCCAGCAGAAGGCUGUGGAAAAAGUUUCUACGUCUUGCAGAGGCUGAAGGUGCACAUGAGAACUCACAAUGGUGAAAAGCCCUUUGUGUGCACGGAGCUGGGUUGUGGGAAACAGUUCACAACAGCUGGAAAUCUGAAGAACCACCUACGAAUUCACACUGGGGAAAAACCCUUUCUGUGUGAGGCACAGGGAUGUGGUCGCUCCUUUGCCGAAUACUCCAGCCUUCGGAAACAUUUGGUUGUCCACUCAGGAGUGAAGCCCCAUCAGUGUCAAAUUUGUGGGAAGACAUUUUCCCAGAGUGGGAGCAGAAACGUGCAUAUGAGGAAACACCACUCCCGAAUUGGAACAGCUGGCAGCAGAGAGCGGGAACAGCCAGAGUCACUGAUGGGCAGCAGUUUGCUGGAAGAAUCUACAGUGCACAAUAAGAAUCUCAUUUCCAUGAACUCUCAGCCCAGCCUUGGUGUUGAGUCUCUGCACCUGCCAGACACUGAGUCUAUUAUUGGAGUAGAGGAGGGUGAGACCAGCUGCUCUUUUUUCCGCCCUCUUAUAUGUGGUGACUGAAGUGGGAUCGAUCCUUUCUCCUAGAGGCUCACCGUGUUGCAGUGGGAUGAGUGAACAUUGCUUUAACUGUGCACAGAGUGGGUGGGUAGCUGGAGAAUGGGGCCAACUGGUGUUGGAGAAGACCUACUGGACCAAGUUUCUCUCUUGCAGAGCUUAAAAGGUGAAGUCUGCUGCUUAGGUGUCAUUAGCCCAUGUUGUGGAAUGCCAUUUCAAAACUGUUUAUGCAGUCCAUUCUCCUAAAGCCUAAAGCGUUUGUUUUGCUGGAGCACCUAGGAGCCCCAGUUAAGGACCAGGACCUCAUUGAGCUAGGCACUGUACAAACAUUCAGUAUCUUGAGCAACAGGCCUUCCUUCCAUCCUUUACCUUCAGAGACUAUAUUCUAAUACAUCUCACUGUCAGAAGCUGACUUACUAUCUGAAAUAAAUGUACUACUUGAUAUCAUUUAAU